UGGAGAUGGGCACGAAGGGCGCGGGGCUCGGGGCCGGCGGGGACCCGCAGCUGUCACAGCGCGGGGCGGGACCGGGACCGGACGGGAGGGGGCAGCGAACAGGCGAACCCCAUCGCGGUCGCCCCGUCCCCUCCCGUCCCGUCCCGCCUCCCGGUCCCGCCGUGACCCCCGGGCCGAUCACUUCCCGAGCGGCCUGGGCUCCCGAUUUGAAAAUGCGGGAGCGGCUGCUGGUGCUGCUGUGCGCGCUGGCGCGGCGCGGGGCGGGCGGGCGGCGGGGCGCGAUGGCCGGGGCGGGCGGCUGGGACGGGCCGCAGCGCCGCGCCUGGCUCCGGCACUACUACAGCCAGCGGCAGAAACGGCUCAUGACGCUCCUGAUUGCUCGCCGGAGAAGAACCAGCUGCUACUUCUACCCCCGCGCCUGGCCCAGCCUCAGGAGUGCAGACUGGUGGGAGCGGGUGGUCCUGAAGGAGUUUGGGCCUCAGGACUGGCUGGAGAAGUUUCGGAUGUCCAAGGAGACCUUCUUCUAUGUCUGCAACCGGCUGCGGCCUGGGCUGGCCCCGCACAGCGCCCACUUCCACCCCACCCUGCCCCUGGAGAAGAGGGUGGCCGUGGCCCUGUGGCACUUGGCCACCAACGUGGAGUACCAGACUCUCAGCCCACUCUUUGGUGUGGGGCCCUCCACAGUGCAGACGUGCGUCCGGGAGGUGAGCUAUGCUGUUGUCUUGCUGCUGAAGCCCCUCUACCUCCGGCUGCCCAACGAGAAGGAGCUGGAGAACAUGGCGCGCAUCUUCCGCACCCGCUGGGGCUUCCCGCACUGCAUCGGGGCCCUGGACAGUCUUCACAUCCCCAUCCACCCACCCCUGCGCCUCAGCGCCGACUACUGCAACGGCCAGGGCUGGCACUCCAUCCUGACACAGGCCACCGUGGAUGGGCUGGGCCAGUUCUGGGACGUCUCCACCGCCUUCCCUGGCAGCAUGGAGAACAGCGCGGUCCUGGAGAGCUCCAGCCUGUGGGUGCUGGCCAAGGAGGGCCGGCUGUGCCCCAACCCUCCCAAGCACUUCAUGGGAAAGGCGCAGAAGUACGUGCUGCUGGGCGAUGCCACCUACCCCUUGCAAGACUGGAUCCUCAAGCCCUACCAGGAGGAUGAGAACCUCACGCAGCGGCAGCUGCAGUUCAACUACCGCCUGAAGCGCGCGCACAGCGUGAUCGAGAACGCCUUCCUGCGCCUGAAGGCGCGCUGGCAGAUCCUCCUCAAGUGUGACGACUGCAGCCUGGAGCUGCUCCCCACCCUGGUCCUUGCCUGCUGCAUCCUGCACAACGUCUGUGAAGCCCACGACAACCCCUUCAACGAGGAGUGGCUGGAGGGCACCGAGCCCACCGAGCUGCCCAAGCCCUGCCAGCCCGCGCCCGCGGCCAUGGAGGACGGGCGGGCUGAGCAAGUGCGUGAGCUGAUGUGCCAGUACUUUGAGAGCUGCGGGGAGGGCUGAUGGGGCCGGGGGUGAGAGGAGCAGCCCCGUGCAUCCCGGUGCUCGCAGACUUCCCGUGGACUCCAGUGGUUCCAGGCUGCCAAGGAAAGGACUGCACCCUGCACCAGCAGCUCCCAGGGCAGGGAGGGGGGUGGCUGGUGGUGCUCGUGCUUGUUUUGCCGUGGUGGUUUGGGCCAGUGGAAUGUAUUCUCUUCCAGAA